CCACAGCAAGCCUGAAUCUCACACUGUCCUUGUUACUGAGAGAAAGAAUGCAAAUUUAGUAGUCAACUGUAAUAGGAUUUAAUGGGCUCUCUUCUAGAUUAAGAAUGGGUUUCUCAGCCCUUUAAUUGAAAGGUGAACUUUGAAUAAUUAGCUCCUCUUUAUUAAACCCUGAAGAACCUUAGAAUUAUACAGCUCCCUUUGAUGAAGCUGACCUUGUCAGUCCUUCUGAAUUUCUCAUAUCAUUUCCAAGUUCAUCACAUGAAGCUUUUUAACACCUUUGGUGUGGACAAGCCCCAGACUGAAUCUGAAGUGUUGCUUAGGGCUGUACAGAAAUGGGGCUAUGUGUGUUAGAUCUGAGCAUUGGAAAGAAGCAGGAGAACCAGCUACUGGAUGGAGGUUUAAAAAGUGUGAAGGAUUAUGAGAGCCUUACUUUGUCCUGGAACAUUGGGAGGGUAGCGGGCCUUAAGCAUACCUCUUUGUUUUAGGUUUAGAAGUAUCUGGGUGAGUUGAACCAUGUGGCAGGUGACAAAUAACACUACACAGGGACAUUCUCUGGGACACUUUGCCUCCUGAAAGAUUAUCCCUGCUACCUUGUGCUCAGCUCAUUGCUUACUGUGUCCGUGUUUAGCGUGAUUUUAUAUAUUUGAAAUCAAAAGAAGAAAAUCCCCACUAAACCAGGGUAUACAACCUUUAACGUAUGUACAAGUUAGCAGUGGACCCAAGAUGAAAAAAGAAGCUACUUUUCCCUAAAUGUGUAUUUUAAACACCCGGUCUCCUGUGUGUAUAGGAAAUGAAAGGUUCUGGGAGGGACCACAGUGGAAAACAGGUUUAUCCAAGAAGGAUAUAACUUUUAUUGUGUGAAAGCAGGUAUCUGGGUUUGUUAUCUUUUCUUUUCCUUUUUAUGGUGAUGAUCUGCCUCUCAGCUGGUACUUUCGUCCCAUGAGUGUCUCCUGAGAGCCGCGCGAAUAGUCUUCUAUAUACCACCAGUGAAACUGCCUAAAGUGAAGAGGCUAGUGCAGGGAGCCCAUGUGCCCGUCCCCUACCAACCUUGGUUUCUGGGUGUUGCGAGAGAGUUUCACUGGUCUCUUCAUCAGGAAGGAGGACUCUGCCCCACUGCCUUCCUCUUGUAGGAUAAAAGUAAGUUUCCUGGAAAUCUAUAAUGAACGAGUACGGGAUCUGCUGAAGCAAUCUGAUCAAAAAAAGUCCUACACUCUGCGUGUCAGAGAGCAUCCAGAGAUGGGGCCGUAUGUACAAGGUUUAUCUCAACAUGUAGUUACCAACUAUAAGCAAGUAAUUCAACUCUUGGAGGAGGGAAUAGCAAACAGAAUCACAGCAGCUACUCAUGUUCAUGAGGCCAGCAGCAGAUCCCAUGCCAUCUUUACUAUCUACUAUACACAGGCAAUACUGGAGAACAGCCUCCCCUCUGAAAUUGCUAGCAAGAUCAACCUUGUGGACCUAGCAGGCAGUGAAAGAGCAGAUCCCAGUUACUGUAAGGACCGCAUUACUGAAGGAGCCAAUAUCAACAAGUCUCUUGUGACUCUGGGAAUUGUCAUCUCCACCUUAGCCCAGAAUUCUCAAGCAUUCAGCAGCUGCCAGAGCCUCAGCAGUGCAGCCAGUGAUGGUGGUGACAGUGGGAUCCCUAGCUCUCCUUCUGGGACCAGCAGUGGAGCAGGGCCCUCCCGGAAGCAGUCUUACAUCCCAUACCGGGACUCCGUAUUGACCUGGCUGCUGAAGGACAGUCUUGGAGGCAACUCCAAGACUAUCAUGGUUGCUACUGUGUCUCCUGCACACACUUGCUACAGUGAGACCAUGAGCACACUGAGAUAUGCAUCCAAUGCCAAACACAUCAUCAACAAGCCACGGGUAAAUGAGGAUGCAAAUAUAAAACUGAUCAGAGAACUCAGGGAAGAGAUUGGAAGACUGAAAGCCAUGCUGCUGAGCUUUGAACUGACAAACUACAGUCCAUUGAAUGAGGAAAAGGAUGAGAAUCUGAAGGAGCUGAUUCUCCAGAAUGAAUUGAAGAUAGACCAGCUGACUAAAGACUGGACCCAGAAGUGGAAUGAGUGGAAGGCCCUUGUGGAACAUUACAGAGUGGACAUCAACAGGAGGAGGGCUGGGGUAGUCAUUGACUCCAGCCUGCCACAUCUAAUGGCCUUGGAAGACGACGUACUCAGCACAGGUGUCGUGCUCUAUCACCUCAAGGAGGGGACAACAAAAAUAGGAAGGAUUGACUCAGACCAGGAACAGGACAUUGUCCUGCAGGGGCAGUGGAUUGAGAGAGACCACUGUACUAUCACCAGUGCCUGUGGGGUAGUCAUUCUGCGGCCUGCCCAGGGGGCCCGCUGCACAGUCAAUGGCCGGGAGGUCACUGCCUCCUGUCGUCUGACUCAAGGAGCAGUCAUAACCCUGGGGAAGGCACAGAAGUUCCGAUUCAACCACCCAGCAGAGGCCGCUGUCCUGCGGCAGAGAAGGCAGGUCGGUGAGGCUGUGGGUGGCAGUGGCUCUUUGGAAUGGUUGGACUUGGAUGGAGAUGUCACUGCCUCCCGGUUGGGUCUUUGCCCUUUGCUUUGGAAGAAAAGGAGAGUACUGGAAGAGCAGAGUGACAAGGACCACCAGCCACUGAGGGCUGGAGAGGCGCCCCACAGGGCCCAGAUUCAGCAGCAGCACUACGUGGGGGAUUUGAGGCAGCGAAUCCUAGCGGGACAGAUUAGAGCCAAAGAGGAUCUGGAAUUGGACCAGGCACACAUCAGCCGGCAAAUUAAAGACAACCAGCAGCAGCUGCUCGGAAAAGAGACCUGGCUGGCUGGCUUGCAGCAGCAGCGAGACUACGUGGCAGAGAAAGAACUUGAGGUCUGUGUGCCACCUGGUGCUUGGCUUCAGGCAGAUCCUGAGACUCUGCUGCCCCCACUGGUCCGAAGCCAGAAGAGGGAGGUGCGAUUGCAGCUCGGACGCAGGAUCGUACUUCGGGCAGCACAGCGGGACAUCCGGCGAAGAAAGGCCUCCUUCCACCUAGAGAGAAUCCUCAGGAAGCAGAGGCUGCUGGAGGCCCAGAAGGGACUGGAGCAGCCCAAGGCAUUGUGCUGGCUCAAGGAUGACCACGCCCAGAAGCCCCCAUACUGGGUACCCAGCACUGACACCAUGGUCCCAGGGCCUCAACAUAGAAGCAGGCGGGCAGGUUGCAGUUCUUUGAGCCUCCAAAGGCUCUGCAGCCGGUACUUGCCCCAGCUACACAGUAUUUUCCUGAAUCGGGAUCCCUCCACCAUGUUACCUCCUAUGCCUGACCCUACUGAUCAAAUAUCAGAGAAAAUUCCAUCAGAAGAGUAUUUGCCCCAGGCUGCUUCAUACCCUCCAAGGACAGGACACUUUAGUAAAAAUGCCCUCUAUUCCUCAGGCAAGCGGCAUCUCUGCACUCCUAAGGUGGCCUUGGCAAGGAAUGGAGCCUUAGCCUCAGGCAGCUGCCUCACUGUGAAUUCUGAGUCUGCCAGCAUCCAGGAAAUUCAAAGAGUGGGUAAGCAGCCCUGUCAAAUGGUGUCCCAGAGCUUAGCCUCUCUGGAUCAUUCAGCAAACAAGCUAAAGCCGAGGGAUGAGCCAGGUGCACUCACCCCUUCCACCUAUACCAAGAGGGGUAGGGGACUAGCGGACCCUGACCACACACGAGCAGGGUGGCAAAAAGAAGGGAACUUUGGGACCCACAAGACUGCUAAGGGAACCUGUUGCACUUCCUCACAUCCCCGUGGACCCAAACAGGCAUCUGGAUGUGGAAAGGCAGCCAAGACUUUCUGGGUGGAAUCCAAACCACCUCCUCCAAGCCAGGCAUCAAAAAGGCAGCAGAGGGUUCUAGUCAAAGACAUUGCCAAGAAGUCCUCUUGUUUGCCUCAUGGCAGCCCUUUGAGGGGGCAAUACAGUGUGGGAGACCGAGAUUCCACAUCCUCACUCACAGAUUUCAGCCCAAGAGUGGACCAUGUAAGAGAUAAAGAUGGUGACUUAUCUGAUGCAGAUAGCAGUUACUCAGUGGAUUCUCUCUCCUGUGUCUAUGCCAAAGCCCUAAUGGAACCGCUGAAGCCAAAGGACCCUGAGGGGAAGGAACAGGAUCUCCCAGAGCCAGAGAACUCUGAAAGUGAUGACGGCCAAAUAUCUGAGGACUCGCUGGCUGAGAAGGGGUAUGAAAGCCCACCAGACAGCCCAAGGCGUAGUUAUCUUCCCAGUGGCCAUGGCCACUGUAGGGCCAGAGUUAGAGCCUCUGUGAGGGCCUUCACCACAUCCUCAAACAGUGGACUGUUCACCCAAACCCAGAGGAGCUUUUCCCUGGAUAGCCUGAUUGAUGCCAAGGAGGAACUAAGGGAAGAUCAGCAAGAAGAAGCUUUCUUCAGUUCAGCUGAUGAGAUGCCCACAGAGACUUUCUGGCACCUGCAGACCUCCAAUCUGCCCACAGUGGACCAGGAGGCAACGUACAGGCUUGGUCCCAUCAACCACAGGGCAGGAGCCAAGCUGGAUGCCAUCCUGCCAAUGAGCAGUUCAUUUUACCUUGGUCCCCUGCCCCAGGCCCCCUGUGAGCAGCCUGAGUCAGAGGUAGAAGCAAGCUCCUCUGAACAGGCAAACACACUCCAAGGCCUGCAACUUUCAAGAGGCAGCCCUCUGUUGUCCAUGGAUUCCUGGUUUUCCUGUGACUCUAAGAUCAAUUCCAGCAGCCCCUCAGGAAUAGUGGGUUCUUUAUGUGCAAGUCCAGAUAUCCAGGAAUCUCAGCCCCAUGGUUGGGAGAGGCCUGGACACUGGCAAAAUAUGGAAGAAUUAAAGCCAUCAGGGGCAGAAACACUCCUGCCCUAUAGCUCCAAACUUCCCCGAGGUGGUGCUGAGCUGCCCUGCCGUGUAAGCGGUGUGUACACAAUCCCUGCUUCUGAUACACCCAGGCUGUCGCUCUCGGGGUCUUACAGGCUGCUUCAGCCACGAGUUGCUGGCAUCUUUCAGGCCAGAGGUGUCCCUGACACAGCCCAGGAGGCCAGCUCUGAAGCAUCCAACAACUCCAGUGUGUCAGGUGUUUUGGCUGCCUCUGCUGCCUCAUUCACUCAUGUAGGCAGUGCCCAUGAGAGAGACUGGGCCGCCCUUCAGCAAAAGUACCUCCUUGAACUGUCCCAUCCUGUGUUGCAGGCUGUAAGAGAACCCAGGCCAACUUUCUCCUCCCUUGAAGAAGACUCUGCCUCCUUGACCCAAGCUUCUGGCAAAGAAACAGAUACUCUAUUGCCAGUUGGUUCUGGGGUAUCUAGCAGUCAGGAUUUCAGCAACUUUCCUAUCCAUUUAUCCAAAAUUAGGCAUUUGAGAGCAGAAAAAGAACAGGACAGUUUGAGUGCAGAGUUAGAAGGUACUUCAGAUUUCUUUACAGCUAGAGAGAAAGAGGUGAGUCAUAGUGGAACUUACUCAGCAGAUAUAGAAUCAUUGACUUCUGGAACUACAAAUGCACCAGUCUUUGUAGCAGAGAACAAGAUAGCAAAUUCCAUGACUGAAGCAUGUGAAGUCAAGCAGAACAGCUUGGAAGAGUCUUCUCAGAGUAGUGGGAAACCUCGACUGAUGACUUCCUCUGAUGAAUGUUUUUUCAAGAAGAGCCAUUGUCACAGUCAUGUCACCAUAGCCACUAAAGAAAACCACUGGCCCCAUGGCGGGGCUCAUCUCAGGAAGAAUAGUGCAGGCCAGGAGGGGCAAUUCAGUCCCAGUCUCUACCCACCCCUGCAGGAAGAGAAGGUAGACUAUCAGGAGAGCUCCAGGGAAGUGGUCGGAAAGCACCCAAGUGUUUCGUUUGCAUUUCCGUCAGGUCCGAAGCGGUACUCCCACUCUGCUGCCUGGAAUCCAUUCCCGUCUUCCGUGCAGCCACCUCCCUUGGAGACAUUCUAUGUGACCAAAAGCCGGGAUGCCCUGACAGAAACUGCCUUAGAGAUCCCAGCUUGCAGAGAAUCAAGAGUGCCUUCCCCACCCCCCAGAGAAGCCUGGGGCUUUGGCCAUGACCAUCAGGUUCUCCAAAAUAUUUAUUUGAAGAAUAAGUUGCCAGUGCUAUUACAAAACCAGAAUUCCAAGAUUGCCUCAUCUCAGCAGGGAGUCACAGCAGGGAGGCCAUUUGAUCUGAACACCAAGGAAGUUAGCAGAGAAAGAGGGAAGUACCCUGGAAAUAUUGAAGAAGAAAGCCACAAUUCAGUUUAUUUUUUUGUUGCUCAGAACAGACAUUUUCUUUCAUCUACUAGCACAAAAGUAUGUGAAUUUGAAAAUCAAGUUGGAAUUUUAAAUAAACACAGUCUUUCAGCACUUCAGGAGGGAGAAAAGGCCACAGUACAGUCCUAUUGCAAUGUUUGCUCAAGCCAUUCUAGGUCUAGGAGGCCUCUCCUUAUUUGUGAGUCUGAGGCAGAUGAGGAAGAAGAGCAGGAUCACAAUGUAGUUCUAAGGCAGACUCAGGCCUUUGAUAUGAACAGACAGUUUCCUUCUGGCGCCAAGUCUGAUUUCAUCUAUGAAACCAUCAAUUUAGCCCUUGACAAGGAGAUACUGGGGGGAACUGCUAUUUCUUUGCAGUCCAGAUCAGUACAUCGUAGAGUCAGUGGCCCAAAGAUGAUGGCCCCGGAUGAGAGUCCAGCCCACAAGAGUGAGAGGAAGAAUGAAUCUGGGUUUCUUGGGAAGGCUCUCUAUUCCAAAGGCAGCUCAAAAGAGUUUAAGCUUCCGCAGACAGAGACUACAUAUGAAAGAUUCCAGUCAGUUACAUGCUCUCAGGAAAAAAACCUGAGUGAAUGCAAAGGCUCUGGAAAGUCACAAGAAAUGUUAAGCCCCAAAGAAGAACCUUCUGGAAAGAAGCAGAAUAGAAGAGUCAACAGUGCUGAUGAAAUGGCCAGGCUAAUUAGGAGUGUAAUGCAGCUGGAAAGUGGCAUCUUGGAAAUUGAAUCCAAGCAGAAUAUGCAGCCAAAUGCUUCCCACACAUUGGGAGUCAGUAAGGAGUUUGUGUUCCAGGACCGAAUGGACCAGGAGAUGGCUGACUAUGUCCUGAAGCCAGACAGCUUUGGAAACCACCUGUCUUUGAAGGAUCAGCCAUCUUCUCAAAAACAGACAGAUGAUGUUACCUUUAGGGAUAGCGAAGCUGGAGAAAUGGAGGUCAACAGUAGCAUUGGGAAAGGUCCCCAGGUCCAGAAAAUCACCUUGUACCCCUUCAAGUCAAGGGAAUGUGUACAAGACAUUAAAUUUGCAAAAGAGCACACUUGCCCAGCUGUUUUAGACAGACCCUCCUGGCACAUGUGUGAUGAUGUAGGGACAUGUGCAGCUCGUAGAGAGUUUGCAGACAUGUGUGCUGAUCCAAGAACCAAGGGAUUGGCUAGUGGUCUGCCAUUGCAGCCGAGCCCCAAGAUGUCUUCUGAGAAGGAGGGCGAAGUGGGGAAUGCAUCUGCAAGCCCCAGAGGGCAGCCCUGUGGCUUGGGAAGUCUUGAGGAACUGAAAACCAUGAAAAGUUUUUGGGAAACCCAGGUUGCCAAUUGUGUAAGUAGUUCUAAGCAAGAGGAGCCCAAAGUUCAAGGCAGAGUUGAGGAAAUGGCUGUGCAAAGAGGAGGGAGCCUACAGGAGCAAAACACAGUAGUCUCAUCAACUCAGAAACUUUUCAGCCCAAGCCAGCAUUGUAUGGGCACAUCUUAUAGCCAGGAGACUGGUCCAUUGCUGAGCCAGCCAGGCUCCUCUGCAGUUCCUCACGGAGACCUGAGUAGUACCUUGUCCUUGAAUUCUUCAAGGCUGCCAAGAGACUGUGUUCAUGCACAUGAUACUGUAGGCAUCUCUUCAGUUGACUAUGCGCUGGCUCCCACAAUGUUGAAAAUGCCUAAUAGUCCCUUGGUAACUGGAGCAGGGAGUCAGAAUCAGAGUGGAGAGCCCCAAGGCCACAGUCCUCAGGGAAAUGUUAGAGGGGGCUCUUCCUUGGCACACUCUGCUUGGUGUGGGUCUGUGAUAUCCACGGCCAUGGGAUCUCAUGGUCAGUCCCAUGUAUCAGAGAGCAUUCCCCUGGAGGCAGAGGGCCACAGAUCAGUGGAUAUGCAAGACCAAGGAGGGGACCUCAGAAGCAUCUCAAUGGGCUUGAGUCCCAGAGAGGGUUUUGCUUCAGAAGCCGAAGCAGAUAUACAAAGAGGAACAGAAAGAACCAGGUCACUGAACAGGGUCUCUAGCCCACUUGAAAAGAAGGCCCGCUGCCUCCUAGAAGAGGGUCACAGUCAAGGCCAGCAGGUGAAGCAGAAGGCAGAGAAAGAGGCUGAGGACCUCAGUUCUCCUAGUGGUACUUUCUCAGCACCUGUGUCCUUGCCAGGGGUGUCCCACCCAGAGCACUGUGCUCAUACGUCCACAGGCCUGGCUGUGUUGGAGGAGAUCAGUCAAGCAAAGGCCCAAGGAAAGCAGCUUCAUGACUUGGGGGCUGGAAGCAAAAUUCUUCCUUACUAUGAGACUUUAUUAGGACCUGAAUGUUCUUCAGGGGCCCCCAGUAGGUCUCAGUGUCCACAAAGGGACCAGUUAGUGUCAGACAGGGCCAGUAAUGAGGCUGAAGCACAAGGAUUUCAUGUGGCAUCUCUCUCUGCUCAACCAGGACAUCUGUUGACUAAUGAGAGGAAAGUUCCUCAGGCCACACCCCUCCCUGCAGAUAGCUUUCAACAUCCCCCCAAAACGGAGACUAAAACAGGGCCACAACUUCCCUCACAGAAUUCCUCCCCUGCAGCCCCAACUCCAGGCAAAAGCCAUUGUGCAGGAGAACUGAGACAUUUUCUGGGAGCCGACGAACAGUUUGUAUGUCACACUUGUUCUGAAAUCAUAGAGAAAAAGAAAAAAGCAACUACAACACCUUCCUCUUCUGAUCUUAUGGGCUUGGGCAGUUUUCCUUCAACAACUGUAGAGGACAGGAGGGAAAUAUCAGAGAAAGUAGUGGCUCCCUUAUCUUCUUGGGCCCCUAAUGAUCACCCUGGCAUGAUUCCACAUGGGGGAAGCCAGUUAGCUCUGUGGGAGACUGCAGAGGCCAUGCGCCCUGGUGGUCAGGAGCGCAGCCCAAUGCAUCAAGAACCUAGAGUUCUAGAUACCACUUGUGGAGGAGGUUCAGGUAAUUUUUUAGUGGCUGCACAGGAAGGAAAAACAACCUAUUUUGAAAGUCAGCUUGUGACCUGUGAUGUUCAGAAUUCUGUCAGCCUCUCAGCGUGUAUUCAAGACUCCUCCCAAUGCCUUGAGGCUUCCACUGGCUUAGAAGAAGGUACCAUCCUGCCUAGAGCCCUGAGGAGCAUUGAACUGGAAGCUCCCUUGCAGCACUGUGUGAAGUGGAAGGAGAAUGUUGGCUGUGGGCUGGCAGAAGCCUGCGGUGCUGGCAGUCAUCCUAGGCUGACUCCAUUGCCAGAUCAAAGACCUAGCCCAGGUCCUGGGGGAGUUCAGGAGGAGGCCCAGGGCAGAUGCCCACAGCAAGCUUCCUAUUGUGUUGUCUUCUUAGGGAACAUUGAAAGCAGCAGGACUCUUAGUCCAUCUAGGGGGCCAGAAGGCAGAACAACUCCUUGCCAACAUCUGUGUAAUCCUCAACCUAUUGCUUCUCUUGCCUGUUUCUCCCCACCCUCCACUUUACCGUGUUACAGAGAUGGUGACCUGGGAAAGGGGAGUUCCAAGACUGCCCUACACACUCUCCAGCCACCCUGCAUAGUGCCUUCCAGAGCCUGUGGAAUGGAUGAGAGAGGAGAGGGCUGUUCCGGGGAACCUGAAGUACUCUUGGCACCCGGCCUUGAGCCCAAGGGUAUUCAUAAGGAUCUUGGGCCAACAGACAGCAGCACUCGGGAGCCUUCUGCUUCUGCUGCUGUCCUGUCUUUGGCUCAAGGGGGCAGCUCCCCUUCUGCCUCUCAUGGGGGGGCAAGUUCACUGAGCCACUCAGUGGCUGAUGGAGGCUCAAGGUCAGUAGAGGAUCCUGAGAAAAGUGCUGCUGAGAAGAAAGCCAGUACAGAGCUUGAGGCUGCCUGUUCCUCUGCAGGCAUGUGCUCUGAGCCACAGAGGAUGUUUCGGGACAGCCCUGGAGGUGGCCAGAAUGCACGAGAGACUCAAGCCAAGCCAGAACCACCUUUAACAACUGAGAUACCACACACCCUGGAUUUAAGUGAAGGGUCUGUUGAGAGUGAGCUUCUGGGGGAGGCACAGCAUGGAUAUUUAGGAAAUGCAAUGCAAUGCCUUCCAGAAAAACUACAACUUUCCUCUAAGUCCAGAGAUCACAGUGGCUUGGAUCCCCAAGCCAGGUUUGUAGCAAAGUUAAAACACAUUUCCAGGUACCAAGCUGAUGGUCCCUGGGAGGAGGAAGAACAGCAGAGAGACCAGGAGUCAGGUGGUGGUGAAGAACCUGCCCAGGGCAGGACUUCUCAACCUUCCCAUGAAGGUGGCUUAGACGGCUGUCAGAUUAGAGAUGCAGGCAGAGAGGAGGCAUGUGCAGCCAAGCCCUCUGUAUCUAAGAUGUUCUCAUCAGGCUUCAAAGACUCAGCCACCAUGCCUUUGGGGCAAAGUGGAGCCCCGUGGCCCACACCCCCAAGCCCUGGCCUGCCUGCCUUUGGCAGGGAGCAGCCGGCUCUCCCCAACAGGUGCUCACUUCCUGUAAUUGCAGUUGUCUCUGGCCCCAGACACUCUAGGUCCUCCCCCAGACCACAGUUCUCCAAGGUCAGCUCUUCCCGGUCACUUCAGGAGCUGUACAUGAGUGUGGAGCCUCCUUCCCCCACAGAUGAAGAUACACAGGAGCCUAACAGAUUGUGGUUUCCACAUCCCACAGACUAUUUCUCAGGUAAUUCAGCAGUGAGAACAUCUCUGGAAGGUGAGAGCUGCGGUCAGAAAGCCUCAUCUAACUUGGACAAUAGCACUGCUGAUUAUUGGCUCCCGAAACCUGCCACCCCUCCUUACCCAAGGUCAUCAGCUCUCUCUUGCAUGCCAACCCCUGAUUUCAUGACUGGCUGGACAUCUAGUACCCUGGAAGAAGAGGGCUGGCAAGAAAGUCCAGAGAGACCAGGUGGCCAGCCCAGGCCAGAAAAGUGGAACUCCAAGGCAGACAAAGGAACGUUACACUAUGACUCCAGUGACCUCAAUCCCUACAUCCUAUCCUCUCGUCCAGAAGGGCCUGUGCAGAUCGGCUGGAAGCAGUAUGUGUUUGGCAGUGCGGUGGAUGUGUCCUGUGGCCAGAUACCCCAGGGCCUGAUACCAUCAAACAUGGCCCAUUGUUCAAGCAUGGACAAUGGCCUAGAAUGCCAGAACUCCCCACUCUACUUCCACCUCAGCACCUAUGCCAAUGCCCGGGACCUGUCGAGCCCACACAGCAUUGGAAAUGCCCAGGGUUCACGUAAGCCCUGGGAAGUAUGGGGUUCCUCAUUUGCCUGGGAGAACGUCCACAUCCUGAACAGCCCUGAAGGAGCAACCCCUGGUAAGGGUCCUGACAAGAGAGCCCAGUUCCCAGGUACCCCUGAUGAAGCAGGCUGGCUGAGGCGUGAGCCCCUCUUGGCUGAAGGAAGUGCUGCAGGUCCAGUAGAUGACAUUAUGCUGCCUUAUCCGUCAGAGGUGGGUGGUCCUGUGGGACAGUCCAGGAUGGGCACCUUGGAGCAGGGCACACAGACCCUGGGGUGUAGUCUCUGCUGGAGCUCCACCGACAUCUCCUCUGCUCAGCCAGAAACCGGUGCACUGCCAGUCUCUGGUCUGGUCUCCUGGACCAGUAUGCAUAAUCUGUCUCUCCACCUCUCACAGCUGCUGCACAGCACCUCGGAGCUGUUGGGGAGUCUCUCCCAGCCAAGUGUGGCCGAAAAGGAGCAGAACAUCAAGAGAGAGACCCCAGAUGAGGUGACCCAGGCUUUUAUGAUAGACGGCUGUACCCAGACCACCAUGGACAAGGGCAUCCAAACUGACCUGGCCUUACCACCUCUGCACCUUCAGGCCCCAGAGGCCAACCCCCAGGAGGUCAAUGUGGUCCUUGAAGUGCUGGCCUCAGAUAUUCCCACCAUGUCUCAAAGACAGGGAUAUGUCACAGGGACACUUCAGAAGAAAGAGGCAGAGGAAACAGCAUGGAAAAUGGCAGCGUCUUCAGAACUUCGGGAAGAAAGCCCCCACUGCAGACCCCAGAGCCUUCUGGCACCCCCAUCCCACUUGAGGUUUCAGAAAGCUCACUUUGGGCAGAACCUCCCUUCCGUAAGCCCUCAGGCUUCUGAUGCCUCCCUACCUCCCAGCUCUCAGCCAGAGGAGCCCUCCUGCCUGGUUGUUGGUAGCCUGAGCCUCACUGGCUCCCAAUCCCCAGAGCCCUGCCCCAGUGCCGCAGAGUCUCGCAGGGAUCCUAAGGUCGAGAAGGACCUGAGCACCAUGGGUAUGUUGUUGGUGGACAGGGCCUCCUCCCCAAUCCUCACACUUAGUGCCAGCACCCAGGGGUUGGGGCUCCCUGCAGACUCUUUGUCAGCCACAACCCCCUCAGCUUGUCCUCUUGAAGGCCACCAGGAGCUUGUCUCCAGCCCAGACCUUCUCCCUGACACCUCCAGGCCUCCAGUGGAUAAUCAUUCUCAAACCACUGAUGAGUCAGGUGACUCCCAGAGAGUGGGCGCUCCAUGUGGGGAGGGCAGAAGUCCCUUAGAAAAGAGUGAUGGCAGGUCAUUCCUUGAGGUAAGCUCCCCAGGCAGCCUUCCACAGAGCCCGAAACUCCAAGUCUGUUUCUUAGAGCAGGCGCCUCAGCAGCUUCAGCCCAAGACCGCCACCUUGCUCCAAAGUGGACUGCCAACCCCCUCACUGCGGAGCAGGAGCCAGAGGCUGGCUGAUAGCUUUGUGUCAGAGGACCUGGCUUCCUUGGAGUGUGGCCCAGUGAGCAGUAGGGGGGCAGGUCAAUGGCAGAGCAAGACAGAAAAUGGCGGUGAGAGUUCAGCAUCUCCAGUGGAGCCACAGCCCACUCUGGACUUUUCAUCUUCAAGGGGAGGUCUCCAGCCCCUCAGCCCCCGUCCUAUCUCUGAGUUGACUGAUACUUCAGGGCUCCAGGGUUCCACUUUGGGCCCGACCAAGGCCUGCCAGUCUGAGGUGUUACUGUGCUCCAGUUCCCAGGUGUGCAUGGCCCCUGAGCCCCAGCAUCACAGCCUGAGGGACUUCCCAGUGCAUAACAAAUUUACUCAUUGGUCCGGGGUUCAGGAUGGCUCUCCUGGGGGGCUAGGUGUGAAGGAGACCAGAUGUGAUCCGAGCUCUGGAGAGCAGGGACAGAAGCCCCUACAACCUCCUGAUGACCAGAGCCAGGAUCCUCAGUGGUCCCAGAGGGAACCGAUCCCUCUGCAAGUUGGGGCCCAGAACCUCCCACUCAGCAUGGAACUCACAGAAGCAAAACUGCACCAUGGCUUUGGGGAGGCAGCUGCCCUGCUGCAGGUGCUGCAGACUGGGACAGGGGAGGCGCUUGCUGCUGAAGAGCCUGUGCGGUCCACCUGGGAGGAGCUCUAUGCCCGGCAAAAACAAACCAUUGAGACCCUCCGGAGAGAGCGGGCUGAACGACUUCAUAACUUCCACUGGACACGGAGCCUUGGUCCCCAGAAGCAACUGAGCUUCCUGCCCAACAGGGAUCUCCCCACCCAGGACCUUGACCUACCCAGCAGGCGCCGAGAAUACCUGCAGCAACUGAGGAAGGAUGUUGUGGAGACCACCAGGAGCCCAGGGUCGGCAUCACGGUCUGCUCAUCCCGCCUCUGACAUAGCACUGAUGCUGCAGGAAUACCAGCGUGCCCGCGAGGAGGCCAAGGUGGAGAUUGCCCGGGCCCGGGCCCGGCUACAGGAGCAGACUGAGCAGGAGAAGCUGAGAAUCCGCCAGCAGAUCAUCUCCCAGCUGCUGAGGGAAGAAGAAAAGCUGCACACGCUGGCCAUGUCCAACUCCCUGUGUACCAGCUCCAAUGGAAGCCUCUCCUCUGGUGUUACCUCGGGCUACAAUAGCAGCACAGCCUUGCCAGACCCGCUCCAGUCCCCAGACAGUGUGGGGGACACAAACUUGCCUGAUUCCAGUGACUCCUGGAUAGGGGACGUUCGGGGCAGUUCCACAGUGAGGAACAGUCACCUGAGUCUGGCCGGGUCCACCUGGAAGAGCUUAGCUUACAGCCGCAGAACUUCCCUGGGCAGCUGCUGCUGUUCUCCGUCCAGCCUGUCCAGCCUGGGAACCUGCUUCUCCUCCUCCUAUCAGGACUUGGCCAAGCACAUCGUAGACCUCUCUGUUGCUGAUGUAAUGGCUGCUUGCUCAGACAAUCUGCACAACCUCUUCAGCUGCCAGGCAGCGGCCGGCUGGAACUAUCAGGGUGAGGAGCAGGAGGUCCGGCUUUACUACAAGGUGUUUUCUUCUACUCGGCAUGGCUUCCUGGGGGCAGGUGUGGUGUCCCAGCCACUGUCUCACGUGUGGGCAGCUGUGAGUGACCCUACCCUGUGGCCGCUGUACCACAAGCCCAUCCAGACAGCAAGGCUGCAUCAGCGAGUGACCAACAGCAUCAACUUGGUAUACUUGGUGUGCGAUACCGCCCUGUGUGCCCUGAAGCAGCCACGGGAUUUCUGCUGCGUCUGUGUGGAAGCCAAAGAGGUGCCUGUCUUGCUGGUGGUAAAGAUAUUGUGGGCAGAACUUGGCUGGAGUGCUGUGAGAGGCAGUCAUCGUAGGCCUCAGGGGCACCUGUCUAUCGUGGCAGCUCAGUCUGUUUAUGACACAUCCAUGCCGAGACCCAGCAGGGAGAUGGUCCGAGGGGAGAUCCUGCCCAGUGCCUGGGUCCUACAGCCUAUCACCAUGGAAGGAAAGGAGAUCACCAGAGUCAUCUACUUGGCCCAGGUAGAACUUGGUGCGCCCGGCUUCCCCCCUCAGCUUCUAAGCUCCUUCAUCAAACAGCAGCCGCUGGUGAUAGCCAGACUGGCUUCCUUCCUUGGUAGUUAGCAUCUUACCGUCAAGAUGGUGCUGCAGAGACGCAGGCCCAGGACGCGCCAGUGACACUAGGGUGGCUCUCGUCACUCUGUACCAGGAUGCAAGGAGAGGUGAGGCUACUGGCUGUGGCUAACGAGGCAGACAGCACUCAGACCGAGUUGCCAGCAAAGCCCCAUCAGUACUUGGGUCACAGCUGGCGCUACUGCAGAGCGAGGGGACCCGAGCUGCUGGCCCUGGCUGGCCAGAGUAAACGAAGCUCAACUCACCAUUUUGGACUUCUCACCUUUCUUUCCUGUCUCUGGGACCCUGUGGCAGACAAGCUACUCAAAGACCAGGAUUGGGCGCAGCCAGCAGAACCAGGAGAGGGCAGGACUCUGGCACCAUGCUUCCUUGCUCCCUCCCAGCCCUUGGGCAGUGAGGGAAGCAAGCAGCCAUUGGCCGGGAUUGCUCGGAAUCUGCCUCCAGCGUUCAACCCCACUGUGGAAUGGAGUAUUGGAAAAUAGCAAACCAGAAAAACGGUUUAAAAGAACAGCUGCACAAACCACAACAGUGAUUCAGAAUCAUUUCUCCUUGGGUUUUUACAAAAUGCUUUAUUAAUUUUUGCUUUCCCCCCUUCCUUUCCCUCACAGGAGAGGACAUUUGGGUCUUUGCCUCAUUCAGAGUAUUGAGCAAUGCUCAGUCUUGGAGCCAUCAUUUCAGAGCUCAGAAUGGGAAGACCACUGUAGAAGCAGGUUGGACAGAUUUGGGGUCAAGGAGGGGAAUCUAGCUCUUUGAGGAGGGGUGGGGGUGGGCACCCAGAUGUUGGCUGCUGACAGGGCAAGAGGAAUUUCAAAAAGCUGAAAAGCUGCUUUUUGAAGACUGAAGAGAAAACACUAGAACUCCUAGAGGAAGUACGUGAUUUGUUAGGAGGAAACUCAGUUCCGUUCCUCGCCUUCCUCAGAGCCUUGGCGCCAGUCUUCAGUGGUCUCUUGAGCAUCCAUGCUGCUGGGGUAGGAUGUGCUAUUCUAGGAGGGGAUGGGGAAUGGGCUCGGUUUUCUUGUACCUCAGCCUGGCUGAACUUAAGCUUUGAGUACUCUGUAUGGUUAUAUGGAAGUGGUUGGGGUGGGAGAGAGUCCCAGCUUCCAUUCUGGUGCCCACAAUCUUUGGUGGAAGAGGGUGACCAUACGGGGUUUGAAAAGAUGUGGUGAAAAGGUCAGUUUCUGUAUAGGACAGCACAGAGAUUUCUUUAGAAGUGUUUGCAGGAUUUUUUUUUUCUCUUACCUCAGAUCGUUACUUAUGUAAGAUUGAUUGAAGACUUUUUAAAUUGCUUUUAAAUGUAUUUUUCUGGUUAAUUUUUUGGGUAUAUUUAACACCCUAUUUAUGUACUCCCAUAUCUUUUCAUAUAAAUCUCUUAAAAGACUAUUGAUUGAAAAAGCACACUUGCAAAUUAGAAGUCCAUGGUGUCCUUUCAUUUAGUGAAGACUAUCGUUUGAGCUCAGAAUUUAGCCUGGAGAUGAUGGCAACAACUGCUCACGGCCCAGUUUCAAACUAUACAGUUCACACGAAUAUACUUAGUUCUUCCCAGGGGCUCAGCAAGACUUUGCUUGUGAACAGAAGCCCGAUCAGUUGCCCAGCUGUAGCCAGCUGUAGCCCCGAUACGCACAUGAGAGAGGCCACCAGAUCAGUCACUGCCAUGCAACAGCGACCACAACCCCCUGGAAGGAAGCUCUUCAACAGGUGAGCACCUCUGGGCUUCUGGGUGGGGCCGGCAAUGGGAAUGUGAACAUAUGGGUUGCUCAGAGGUGACCCUAUCCCCUGUGAGAGCCAUACACCUGGCCAGAGUUGGCAAUCUAAGGAAUAUUAGCUGAGGCUGAUUUUGUAUUCAAGAUAGUCCAGGGACCCAGCUCUAAAUGAUCAUGAGGAAGUCGAAUUUUGGUUUCAGUGGGUGGCUCUCAGACUUCAUCAGAAUCGCCUGGAGAGCUUGUUACAUACCAGAGUUCCUGACUGAGUGGGCCUGGAGAGGGGCCACCGUAUUUGUAUUUCUAGGAAGUCCUAGGUGAUCCUGAGGGUGCUGGGGGGCCACACUUUGAAAACCACAAAGACAAUUCGUAGGGAGCUGAUACAUAGAAAGGGACGUAAUUCGUUCAUUCAUUAGCUGCCUGUUUGUGAUUCCCAGGUUUAUCUUACUGCCUAGAGUGGGCCUUUACAGUUCACACGGGCCUAUUAUAAGUUUCCCGAAUUGGGCCCGUGCUACAUUGAACUGAGUGGGCUCGAACCCAGCAUCCGUGAGGCUUUGGGCUUGCUUCUGGGCCCCAUCCACCUGUCCCAUCCACGGGGAGCUGCCCCAGCUGAAGAGGCAGUUUCUUACCUCGGGGCUCAGCUUCUGAGGGCAGUGCUUGCGUUCGGCCACACCUAGUGGGCACACAGAUAGAUAGAACCCUUCUUAAAACUAUUUUGGUUCCCAGGCAUUCAGCACUUCCUGAAUUUGCUGUAGUAUAAAGUGGAUUUAAAGGACAAAGAUAAAGGCCUUUAACAAUGAAGAGAUUACGGAAGGAAGGUUCAACUGCCAAAACCUGUGAAAGGAGCACCUGGGAGGGGGGAGGGAGGGAAGGCACUGGGACAAGGUGGUGACAGAGGGAUCUUUCUGUGCCACUGGCCACUAGUAAGGACUUCCCACCAGCUUCCUAAGGUGCCACAGCAGGCUUCCUUGGGUCGGCCUUUUUGAUAGCUGUGCAGUUUCCCCCAGGAAAUACCCACGGAUGCACAGACAGGAGUUUUGCAAGACACUGCAGAGGGUUCCUGGAGUACCGUCUCCUUCCUCCAGCACAGCCUGAACCUCUCCGUAUGCACUGCUGAUGCAGAAAGACCAUGAAUUUUAUUAGGAGCGAACUUCACGCA